GCAGACAGACUUAGAGGAGGACCACAAGUUUCUGUUUGGAGUUUUAAGAGUUUCUGCUAAACUUUCACAUCUCUUUGGAGGUUUUUGAAACUUUUCCCUGACGAGGAGACACAGAGAAGCGUUGUGUGUGAUUUUUAUUUCAUCCCACCAUCUUCAUCUUCUUCUUCUUCAUCAUCUCUUGGAGGGAGGAUUGCUGCUGCUGCUCUUCUUACAACCGUCAUUGGACAUCCCGUUGAGUCGGUCGUCAUGUCCUCCGGUGAUGCCUCGGAGCAGAGUCGGCGGCUCAGCGUGCUGUCUUGGGAUCAGGUGCAGAGAUUGGACGCCAUCCUGGGGGAGAGUGUCCCGAUCCACGGUCGAGGAAACUUCCCCACACUGUCCGUGCAGCCCCGGCAGAUCGUCCAGGUGGUCAGGGCUCGGCUGGAGGAGCGUGGUGUGGUGGUACGUGACGUCAAGCUGAAUGGCUCUGCGGCCAGCCAUGUUCUCCACCAGGACAACGGCCUUGGCUACAAGGACCUGGAUUUGAUCUUCGGCCUCAGCCUCACUGACGACAAAACCUUCCGCCUGGUGAAGGACGUGGUGCUGGACUGCCUGGUGGACUUCUUACCUGACGGGGUGUGCAGGGAGCGAAUUACAGCCCUUGCCCUCAAGGAGGCGUAUGUGCAGAAACUGGUGAAAGUUUGCAACGACACGGACCGCUGGAGUCUCAUCUCACUGUCCAACAACACGGGCAAGAACGUGGAACUAAAGUUUGUGGACUCUUUGAGGAGGCAGUUUGAGUUCAGUGUCGAUUCCUUCCAGAUCACCUUGGACUCCUUGCUGCUUUUCGACCGCUGCUCGGAGACGGCUAUGUCCGAGACUUUCCACCCUACAGUGCAGGGGGAGAGCAUGUAUGGAGACUUUGAGGAAGCUCUGGGCCACCUCUGCUCCAGGACUAUCGCCACCCGCAGCCCAGAGGAGAUCCGGGGCGGCGGUCUGCUUAAGUACUGUCACCUGCUGGUACGAGGCUUCAGGCCAUCGUCUGAAGCUCAGAUAAAACAGAUGCAGCGCUACAUGUGCUCGCGUUUCUUCAUCGACUUCCCCGACAUAGGCGAGCAGCAGAGGAAACUGGAGGGGUAUCUGCAGAACCACUUUGCGGGUAUGGAGCACAAACGCUACGAUUACCUGAUAACGCUGAGGAGAGUGGUGGACGAGAGCACCGUGUGCCUGAUGGGCCACGAGCGCAGACAGACACUGGCACUUAUUUCUGCUCUGGCACUGCGUGUAAUGGCUGAACAGAACGCUAUCCCUGCGCUGUCCAACAUCACCUGCUACUACCAGCCCGCUCCUUAUGUCAGAGACGUCAACUUCAGCAAUUACUAUGUGGCACAGGUUCAGUCACCGAUGGCUGCAUGCAGUAACACUUACCAAACAUGGCUGCCUUGCAGCUGAGCAGACUUUACAGACACAUGUGGAGCUUUCUAUUUUGACCUUACAUUGACGUACACUGAGCUCUCAUUUGAAAGCUUGGAAUAUUUGUAGCAAUGUGGCUUUUUUGGUUUAAAGCCAAACGUGGACAAAAAGGAACUAAUGAUCCUUUUAAUGCCAAAUUUUACAUCAAAACCAUUCCACUAAGUUAUAUUGAUUAAAACUGCUGUAAAAAAAACAAAACAAAACAAAACAAAACAAAAAAAAACUCAUUCGAGCCAUUAUAUCUUUUAUUUUGUUGUCAUUUCAUAACCAAUGUGGACAUGUAUGAAAAAACAUGAAGGGUUGAUAUGUGACAGAGGAACUUUGUUCUGUUUCUUGUCUGAUGGAGGCUUGUUUCGGGUCUUAUGAGAAAUGUAAAUAACUUUGUAAAAAACAGAACGCUGUGUUUUUGUUCCGUCUGUGGUUACAGCUGACCUGCCUAGGAGAGAGGAGGGGGAAAAGGACCAAAGAAGUACUUUCUUGUGUAGCACGACAACAAAGACUGUAUUUGGUUCCAAGUGCCUGAAAAUGACCAACGUCUUUAUAGUAGUUACUGUGUAAGAGUUGUUUUUGAAACUUUUUCAUCCAGGAUACUGUACAUUUCUAU